AUGGAUUUUUACAGCCUGUUCCUGGUUGGUUCUAACAUCUGGUACGAGAGAGAGCUUGGUACGGCUAUCGAUAUGAGCAGCGGGAGCGUCGAUGGCCGGCCAAGGGAGCAGCUAGAAGAGCGCCUGAUGAAAAUGUGGGGAUCGUUUUUCGUCAUGGACCUCACAUUUCUUAGCAUCUGCACGGCCAAGGUUCCCAAGGCUCUUAACCGGCUCCAGGUUACAAAGAGCCAGGUGGACAUAACAGCCCGUACUCGCGCCUUCGCCCUUGCGUUCAGCCUCCCCCAAGCUUACUGCCUCUAUGCCGCUUUAGCAUACGUCUCGUCCGUCUUCGUCUACACGCUUCAGACUACCGUACUCACGGGGACUUCCGGGAAGCCUGACCUACGUGCUAUAUACUCUCUGGGAUUCUUCAGCUUCGGCAUAGCCCUCCUGAAACUAGGGAAGAACAGACCGCCUGUCGGCCGGAGAGUCAUCUACUGA